AUGUCUCGCUCCCCAGAGAAGAAGAAGAAGGUUCCCGGCCCAUCACCUUACACCGCCGAUUUGACCGGAGGCCUUCCCAACGAUGCCUCGCGUUUUCUUGUCUUUCGAGAAGAUAUGGACUACCUCGAAGGAGUGAUACCAGGUGAUGCUGGAUUUGGCUCCUUCAUUCACCCAUCGGAAUCACACGCGCUGAAGCCUCUCCAAGACUUACUGGUCUUCCAACCUGCCCAACUACACUGCCGCGGAAAUUGGGAACACUGGGAUCCCAACAACCCUAUUCGACUGGGACUGUCUGAUCGAACGGCUACAAGCGCUGCUGAGUAUGCGGCGAAUCCUGAUUCCACUCCGUUGCAUGUAUCUCUUGCCAAUGUCCAGCCUCGCAAGGCAUUCCGAACCAGCCCCAACAACCACAUAGGCAUGCGAUCCUGGAAGCAGCAUUGCGAUGACCUGUGGGACCUUCACCGCACCAUGCGAUCCAAAGGUUGGGCUUCGAACUACCACCUUCCGCCUUUCCUCCAGUUGGAUACCUACGGUAUGCGCGAUGUUGUUGCUGUGGCCCUGGAGCCCCUCAUGAUCCUAGGCAACCCCUACAGAAACAAGAAGCAUCAGUUCAAAGGUUCUACCCCCUUCCUUCACACUUCAGCUGAGCGCGUUCCCUGCGAAAAUCUCACCUUUGGCUUUCCCUCGGCUGUGGAGUGGAAAAAGGCUAUGUUCAACAAACGGCUUUUUGUCGGGCUCUUCCACUUUGAAGGUCACUGGACUUCCUUUAUCUUUGACCGGGCCGAAAACCAGCUUUGCCAGUACGACACUCUCCAACCCAAUCGCCAGAAGCGUUUUCAUGCUGCCGGAUUGGCCUUCCGCGAGGCCCUUUCAAGUGCUGGGCUUCCGUAUACCGUCAGCACGUUCGGGUUGCCUGUGACCGCACAGCCUGAGGAAUGGGAAUGCGGCUAUCUCUCGAUGUACGUCAUGCUCCACAAUCUAAGGAGUAUGGUUGGUUUGAGUGGAGAGGAUCUCCGUGGCAUGAGACAACCCACUGCUGUCAAGUUCGACCAGACCUGCACCAAGUCACCCAAGCCCUUCGCCCUACGACACCGAGACUGGACCCUGACCCCGUGGGAAACUUCGCAACCGUUUGAUCUAUCGCAUAUCAAGGACUACAUCAGCAUUGCCAUCCUGGAUGAGCUCGGGAUUCGAGAUUUGACCUUCAUGGAAGGUGGCGCGGAAGUCAACAUGGGUACUAAUGAUCGCCGGAUCAUUCGACAAGGGGCAGCUGGACCGUUAUUCAGCCCGUCUCACCUCUACACGGACCUUGGCGGCUUGCAGUUCAUCUGCUGGAGGAAUCGGCCAUACUCCCACGGCUACUUCGAGCAUCGUGUUGUGAUGCCUAUCUCUAGGGCACACAUCUACUACCGACGCGACAACGGAGACGUCCCUCAACAGCCAGCACUGUUUGUGACCCUUCCCGACGAUUUGAUUACACGAUACGAAUCCCUUGACUGCACUGUGACCGAUAAAGCGACGCCUUCCCAGAAGACACCAAGGGCCUCUGCCAGUGUUUCAACCAGCCCUCUUUCCGUUAAAGACCAGACUCCGAAGGCAAGGUCGCGCACUGGGAACAAGUCAGAUGCUGAGAAGGUGGCCUUGAUGAAGAAGAAAUUAGAAAACCUGCCUGCUAUUCCAAGGCACUUGCAAAGUCUUGCGCAACGAGACAGCCUGGUCCAACUGAUGAAGGAUAUAUCUAUUUCCGACCUUGUGCGACUCAGUGAGCAAGUGGGAGUCACACUGUCCCCGGAAGCACGCGAACAGGAUACUCAUCGCCCCGGCUUCGAGGACUGGUUGGUAACCGAAACCCCUCAAGAGACUACGCCACGAGCUGGUCUUCGCCGGUCAGCCCGACUCAACCCAGACCUCCGAGCUGAGACAUCUUCGCCAUUGUCAAGCCUAGGUUCCUGUCUGCCUACCCCGUACGACAUGAUGGACAUUGACAGUUUGCCAUUGAUGGGAAUCGCUGGAAUGCCGUUGAUUCCGGGAGCCAGGCUUCUCCCUAUCGAAGGUGACAGAGUGUCCUCUUCCCGUGAAUCGUUUGAUCAAGUGCCUUUGUCUGCAGGCGCUCAAAGAAUGACUCGAGAAGCUCGAGAUCGACUUGGUCUGAGACCCAUCCAGGAUCGAGCGACGCAGUACCUCCCGACCACUGGCACUUGGGCUUCAUACGUGCCCCAAGGUAUGGUAGCCGAGUCCCAAUGGGCGGACAUGAUCCGCGAAGUUAGUUGGAGCCUGAGGAGGGAUCAGAUUGAGCAAGGAUUGACGAGAGCUCAACGAGCUGAGGCACGCAACAAGCGCCGAGAAUAA